AUGUCUAAAGCGUGCACUCUGAAGAUCAGUCCUGCCAACAAGGAAAAGGUGGAUGGAUUCUGUGCAAAUCUUUACAAUCAGGUCCAGAACUUCCUAUCGGAAUUUGUCCCAGAGAAGAUUCACCACCUGGAUAGUCUGUUGAAGAGUGACCUCUUCAGUGUCAAGGAUCUGACAACCCUUCAUGCUGAGCUGAAUAUUCCUAUUCCUGACCCUCCUUCUCCAGAAUCUGAGGAUUCUAAAAUGGAAACUGAUAAAGAAGAAAAGAAAGCUCCUAAAUGCGGAUUCUUGAAGGAAAAUGAGAAGAUUUAAAAAAAUCCUAAACGUUGUCCUACCUGAGAUAAGGACUCUCCGUGAGGGUUGUGCACUGAUUAUCACUUGGAUCCAUCAUGUUAUUCCAAAAAUUGAAGAUGGAAAUGACUUUGGAGUUUCAGUACAGGAAAAAGUCUUAGAACGUGUUACAGCCAUAAAAACCAAAGUAGAAACCUCUCAGACUAACAUCAACAAAUAUUUCACAGAAAGAGGGGAUGCUGUUGCUAAAGCUUCAAAGGAAACACAUGUGAUGGAUUACAGAGCCCUGGUCCAUGACAAAGAUGAAGGUGCCUUUGUAGAGCUGAGAUUAGCUCUCAUCGACGUGAGAAAUAUCUAUGUUGAAAUUUUUGAUAUUAUUUACAAAAACUUUGAAAAAGUCACAAAUCCUAAAGGAGAGGAGAAAAGCCCAAUGUAUUGA